AUGUCCAUUGAAGAAACCAAUGAAAAUAUUGAUAAAUAUCUAUGUCAUAUUCACAGGAAACCUUUUACUAUUUAUGAAGAUGAAACAAUUGAUUUAACACAUUCUAGGUGGAAUGAAAGCGAAAAUAAAAAUGACAACAGCAUACCAUCUACAAGUAGUUUUACAAGAAUAAGAAGUGAUGGUACAUUACCAGAAGUGAGAAAUAAACCUGGACAACAUCUUCCUAGAAAAGGACUUCGGAGCGCAUGUUACUUCUGCAGAUAUAUAAGGAUAAGAGUGGAAGGAAAGGCUGUGAAAAGUGAAUGUAGAACUCAAAUUUGGUGCAAAGUAUGUGAAGUUCCUUUAUGCUUUAAUGAAGAAAGAGACUGUUAUACAGAUUUUCACGAACUUUAA